AUGGCGUCAUCGAAGGAAACCUAUUGUUUGUGUGGUCAACCAUAUAAUAUUGGACAAUUUAUGAUAGAAUGUGACUGCUGUCGUGAAUGGUUUCAUGGCAGCUGUGUGGAUGUUAAAAUAUAUCACUCCGACGACAUAGAUAAGUAUCACUGUCCAAAAUGUGCGCAGACUUACGGCCCUUCAGUAUUAAAAGUUCCGACAAACAAUCACCGCGCGGACCGCUACGAGCUGGGCGCAGAAGCCCGGCCGUCGCAGGUGGGCACGCCGGCCUGGGUGCGUGCGCUCGCCGCGCGUCCCAUGCGCCCCACCACGGCCGCCCUUCAGCGGCUGAGCCCGCACCAGUUCACUGAGGAAUUUAUUAGGGAUAAUGGUUUCACAAGACCAGUGACUUUCGUAACCACAGAGGGACUAGACAUGAAGAUACCAAAUUCAGCCACAUUUACAGUUAGGUCCGUUCUACGAUUUUGUGGUGCACAGCUUGAGGUUGAAGUGAUAGACGUUCGGAAACAAUCGACACUUCGUAUGCCGCUUGGUGAUUUUGUGGACUACUUUGAAACUCCACCUGAACAUCGGGAUGAGAAAGUCCUCAAUGUGCUCAGCCUGGAGUUUAGUGAGACUAACAUGUCCCGCUGCGUGGACCCGCCGCUGGUGGCGCGCGCGCUGGACUGGGCGGGCGCGGUGUGGGGGGGCGCGCGCGAGCUGCCCCCCGCGCCCCCCGCGCCGCACGUGCGCAAGUACUGCCUCAUGUCGCCCGCCGGGGCCUACACCGACUUCCACGUCGACUUCGGCGGCACCACCGUCUGGUACCAUGUUCUGCACGGACGUAAGAUAUUCUACCUGAUCCCCCCCACGUCAACGAACCUGGCUCUGUACCAACAAUGGUGUGCAGCGAACAACCAGAACGAGCGCUUCUUCGGUGACGUGGUGGAGUGGUACGGCACUGCCGAGGUGUCGGCCGGACAGACGCUGUUCAUUCCGAGCGGCUGGAUACACGCCGUGCUCACCCCGUGUGACUCUCUCGUCUUUGGAGGGAAUUUUCUGCAUUCUUACGCUAUUGAGAUGCAGUUGCAGAUCUACGAGAUCGAGCGGCGCGUGGAGACUCCGACGAUGUUCCGCUACCCGCUGUUCGAGGCCAUGCACUGGUACGCAGGCGCGCACCUGCUGUCCGCGCUGCGCAGACACAACGAGGAGACGCAGGAUGAAGAGUUUACCCUCAGUGAGAGUGUAUCAGCGCUGCCGGCGUUACCCCCACUGUUGCUGCGCGGAAUCAAGAUACUAGCUAAUGCGCUUAAGGAGUGGCACGCCUUGAAGGCUACGGAUACAUCGAAGCGUGACAACGUCCCUAAAUGCCUGAACUCCGGACAACUCGUACGGGAACUAUGUAAAGAGCUGAGGACAUUGGAGAAACGCUCUACGAGCACUGCUAGUAAAGAUAAGGAUUACAAAAUCAAAAACACAUCGCCAAACAAAUCUCACUCCAAGAAACAGGUGAACAGUUCUAAGAAAUCUAUGAAGCUCACCCUACCCAAGCCUAUAAUGCACAUGACACAAAACGGAGAAUUCGUGGAGGAGAAAGUUUAUGCUGAUAAGUUUUUCAUAGAAAAUAAGGAAGUAAUCUAUCAAGAACGAUACGUACCUCAAGAAGUAAUACGUACUAAUGGACUACCAGAGACUAAGUUUGUAAUUGACAGCAAAGAUGUAGUGAUACAAGAGAAAUAUCCAUAUCAAACAUACGAGGAGGUUCCAUAUCACGAUGGUAAUGGCUAUGUCGAUCGAGUGGAUAAGAAGAAUGCGAUCAAGAUUAAAAUGAACAACUCACCAUCAUCAUCAAGAGACGAAGCGCCUCCUCCCUAUUCCCUCCCCGAACAUUCGAUCCUCAAAUCCCACUUAAUACGUUCAGAGCAACGUCCUACAUUAAAGCCAAUCCAUCAGUGGACUAUAUCUAAGAAGGACAUAGGUGAUUACCAUGAGGAACAAAUAUUGUUCACCAACGAAAAUGUUCAAGGCACGUUGAGGAUGGAUGGACAGGAAAUGACCUAUGGACCUGGUAUGUACUCAGCGGAGGACAUACAGCAAGACUAUCAGUACUCAGAGUCGGCAAAGCCGGGCUCGUACCAGCCCGCCGAGUAUGGGUACCAGCAGCCGCAGGACAUCGCCUACAGCGUCGACAACUACCAGCGAUACGAAGAGGUCUUGCCUGCGACUGUACAUCAACAAACGGCAAGUUAUAGUAACGUGGCGGUGCAAGAGACAGUAAACGGCACGUAUCACAAUCUACCGACGUACGACGCUGCGAUCGCUCACCAAUAUUCGGCUACCACUAACUAUGUUGUUGAGGAAACGAAACCUGGGUUAAUACAAACACAGCCGACAGCGCCAGUCCGCCGCUCAGAACGUCCAGUAAGGCGGCGGGUAUCAAACACUUACGACUACGAAGACUCGGACCUAUAUAUCGACGACACGCCUGCCCCGAGACCGCGGAAGAGCAAACAUACCAAACAUUCUUCUUACAGACAGAGUAAUGCGGCAGCGUCGAACCCGUCGAGCGCAGGAACCAGCUACAGCCGGGCGGCGCGGCCCGCCCCCGCCAACGGCAUCGAGUCGCUCAUACAGGCCUCCGUGCUCGCCGAGGAGGAGCAGCCCGCCAACGACACCGAGGACGCGGCGGUGGAGGGGAUGCUGAGCAUAAGCGAGCGGUUCGAGGCACCCGUGGCGACGUUCGGCGUGGCGACGGCCGCCGCCGAGCGCGCGCGCGACAAGCGCCGCAAGCCGCCGCCAGACGACCUCGCCGACGAGGAGGACGUCAUCAAGGAGGUGCACCGGGACGACGAGUAUGUAUAUCCGUCGUUAGAAAUGAGUUCGGACGAAGACGAAGAGUGGACGGCGUCAAAACGGCGGAGAAACGCGAGAAACAGGGUAGAUUCAAAGUCAAAGGGUGAAAAGGACGAGUCGUGGUCUCCGCGCGCGCGGCUGGGCCGGCUGGUGCCGCGCCUGCGCACGGCGCGCGCGGGCGUGCGGCGCGAGUGCGUGCGCGCCGCGCUGCACGCCGCCGCCGCGCGCCCGCCCCACGCGCACCGCGACAGGGACCAGCCGCACCAUCAGGUAACGCACCCCUCUCCCCUCUCCUCUCCGCGCGCGCGGCUGGGCCGGCUGGUGCCGCGCCUGCGCACGGCGCGCGCGGGCGUGCGGCGCGAGUGCGUGCGCGCCGCGCUGCACGCCGCCGCCGCGCGCCCGCCCCACGCGCACCGCGACAGGGACCAGCCGCACCAUCAGGUAACGCACCCCUCUCCCCUCUCCUCUCCGCGCGCGCGGCUGGGCCGGCUGGUGCCGCGCCUGCGCACGGCGCGCGCGGGCGUGCGGCGCGAGUGCGUGCGCGCCGCGCUGCACGCCGCCGCCGCGCGCCCGCCCCACGCGCACCGCGACAGGGACCAGCCGCACCAUCAGGUAACGCACCCCUCUCCCCUCUCCUCUCCGCGCGCGCGGCUGGGCCGGCUGGUGCCGCGCCUGCGCACGGCGCGCGCGGGCGUGCGGCGCGAGUGCGUGCGCGCCGCGCUGCACGCCGCCGCCGCGCGCCCGCCCCACGCGCACCGCGACAGGGACCAGCCGCACCAUCAGGUAACGCACCCCUCUCCCCUCUCCUCUCCGCGCGCGCGGCUGGGCCGGCUGGUGCCGCGCCUGCGCACGGCGCGCGCGGGCGUGCGGCGCGAGUGCGUGCGCGCCGCGCUGCACGCCGCCGCCGCGCGCCCGCCCCACGCGCACCGCGACAGGGACCAGCCGCACCAUCAGGUAACGCACCCCUCUCCCCUCUCCUCUCCGCGCGCGCGGCUGGGCCGGCUGGUGCCGCGCCUGCGCACGGCGCGCGCGGGCGUGCGGCGCGAGUGCGUGCGCGCCGCGCUGCACGCCGCCGCCGCGCGCCCGCCCCACGCGCACCGCGACAGGGACCAGCCGCACCAUCAGGUAACGCACCCCUCUCCCCUCUCCUCUCCGCGCGCGCGGCUGGGCCGGCUGGUGCCGCGCCUGCGCACGGCGCGCGCGGGCGUGCGGCGCGAGUGCGUGCGCGCCGCGCUGCACGCCGCCGCCGCGCGCCCGCCCCACGCGCACCGCGACAGGGACCAGCCGCACCAUCAGCAAAAUGCAAAACGCGCUGUAUUAGCGACAAAAAGCAGGCGGCCCCCGCCACCUGUUCACACCACGCCAAAUAAUAAAAAUGCAAGACUGAAGAAAGGUAUGAAGACGGCAAAACAGCGUCUCGGUAAAAUUCUAAAGAUACACAAAAUGAUAUAUUAA